AUGACGUCCGCAAGACAACCGACCGGGUGGCUGGACAUCCACGGGCACUUCCAAGUCCCCAAGAGCGAGGCCGCUGCCCGAGAAGGCAUGAAGGCCUUCCAUCAAGCGUGCUUCUUGGUGCAGGAGCCCUACCACUGGCAGGCCGACAAGACCCUCCGGUACAACGACACCGCCGGCGUUCAGCUGCAGAUGCUCAGCGCGAUUCCACCGGGCCCCGUGGAGGGCCUCCGACAAUCCAAUGACUACGGGGCGCAGAUGGUGCGACAGUGGCCAGGCCGAUUCGGCUUGCUGGCGGGGCUGCCCACCGACAAUCCAGACGCCUGUCUGGAGGAGAUCCAGAGGGUGACGGACCGCAACAGUGAGCACUAUCGCAUUCCCGCCGAUGGGUUUGCCACCUCGACGGUCUACAACGGGGUGUCGCUGGCGGACCCCCGACUACGGCCGGUGUGGGAGGAGCUUCACACACGCCGUGCGGUCGUACACAUCCACCCGAAUGCCCUGGCACCGCCGCAGCAUGGGCUACCGGCGCCCCUGGUCGAAGUGGCCCUGGAUACGACGCGCACCGUCGUGGCGAUGCUCUAUCAGGGGGUGUUCCGCGACUUCCCGGACAUUGUGUUUGUGCUGGGCCACUGCGGCGCCGCGGUGCCGGUCCUCUCGGGUCGCCUGGCCCUCCUGGGGACGGAGAGCUGGGUCCCGAACCCGCAGGGGCUUCGUCGCGACGAGGUCGAGGCGACAUUGCGUCGUCUCUAUGUCGAUACGGCCGCGACAGCCAAGACCGGCUUGGCUCCGGCGGUGCGCAUGUGUGGCGUGGUGCACUGUGUGUAUGGGUCGGAUUGUGGUGUGCCCUGUUCGACCGCGACCACCAUGGAUGAGAAUCGGUUGGAUGUCGGACGCUUUGAGAUGGAGAAUGGCAUCCCUCCGGAGACGAUUGGAAUGAAUGGCUGGCAGCUGUUUCCCGCCGCGGCGGAGCGGGCCUGCCAGCAUCCCUGGACCAAGGAAGCAGUCUAA